AUGCUACCUGUGCUGAUAAAGGCGAGUACAUCGGUUCCACCUCACCCAGUUGUUGACAUUUUCGCCAUUAGCCAGCUUGACUGCUCUGCAUCACGCUGCAGUUCUUUGUCCCCCUACUCUGGUCUCCCAUUUGAUCUGCCAGGGCGUGAUGACAUUGCGCUGUUGCUUGAAGAAGCAAUGCGUGCAUCUACCAGUAUGUUCAUCGGCUACUCACAACGACCACAGGUGUCUAAUGAUUACACAUAUAUGAGAUCUCAUCCUUUUAGCAGCGUUAACCUGGAUAUGUUCACGCCUGGAAUAUACCGUGAUUCAUUGCAGCGGUCGAUGCAAGCGAACCAAGGAUAUGGUGAUUCUUGUGUGCCAGAGCCUACACCUCCCUCUCACGAACCUUCUACAGGCUGGCCUCACACAUGGGAUGUCACAAGCGGAGGUUACUCGCAUUAA